CUCCCUCUCUCUUGACCGAGAUGGACAGAGCCUCCACACAGCGGCCGCCAGCCUGCCACCGUCCCAGCUGACAUGGGGAGCGUCAGAGAAACGCAGCUGUGCUGGGCCAUCCUGGGCUUCCUCCUGCUCCAAGGCCACGGCUCCCAGCUCACAACACCUAGCCCUCAGGGAGAGAGUCCUUCCACAGAGUCCAACAGCUCAAGCCCUCUAUCCAGCAGCACCAGCAGCAGCAGCACCAGCACCACAGACACCCCUCACAACGGUACGUCCAAGUCACCCACCAUGAAUCCGAGAACCAGAGAAGACCCGACCGUCCUGCCCAGCCCCACGUCAGAGACGGUGCUCACGGUGGCCGCCUUUGGUGUCAUCAGCUUCAUUGUCAUCCUGCUGGUUGUGGUGAUUAUCCUGGUUAGCGUGGUCAGUCUCAGGUUUAAGUGUCGGAAGAACAAGGAGUCUGAAGAUCCCCAGAAACCUGGGAGUUCGGGGCUCUCUGAAAGCUGCUCCACAGCCAAUGGAGAGAAAGACAGCAUCACCCUCAUCUCCAUGAAAAAUAUCAACAUGAAUAACAGCAAAGGAUGCCCCUCAGCAGAGAAGGUCCUUUAAAAGCAACCUUGGGUCCCUGGGGAUCUGACAAUGAUGCAGCUGCCCUGUGGCUGAAAGGAGGAAGGCAACAGGAUCAGGAGAAGCAAUGAACCAGAUAUAAAUUAUUUUAUUGUUUCACAUCUCCUCCCAGACCUAAAGGACAUUAGCAUUCCGCCAGAUCUGGGAGCAAACUGCCAGCAUGAGAGACUCUUUCUCGUAUGGACCAUCCCUCCAGAAACACAGCCUGCUCCUCCCACCUUCUCAAAGUCGCAGGAAGGAGGAGCCUAGAGAGCCAGAGCAAGGAAAAUGACGAAGCGAAUUUGUCCUUUCCACUCUGCAUUAAAAUCGUUUUCUGGC